AUAAAACUGAGCCAUAUGCAUCCAAUAAUGUUAUACAGUAAAAUGUCACGUGUCUGGAUCCUUACACGUAUUUAUACUGCGCAUGCGCGAAAUGUUGUCACGCUCCCAACAACGCAUUAUAUUAUCAGUAGCAUUGUAACAACAGUAUUAUAAACACCUGCCAUAUAAAUAAAUAAACUACCGUAAAUCCUUUCGUCAUAUUUCACACAAAAGAAGACGCGUUUUCGAACAAAUCGUGUUUCCGUUAAGGAUCGGCUGGAGUGUAGUGACAGAAAGUUCACAGGCGUUAUGAUUUAGUUCUGUGUCGCGGUGCGUUUGCGUCAUCGCUUAUUGUCGCAGGAUUUGUGCGUCUUGUAAAAGAAACACAGCCGCUAACAUGGCGGUUGCCAAUAAUGUAUUAAUAAAAACAUCUCUGACGGACAUGUGAAGCCACUCGAACAAACCUGGACCUUAAGUGCUGAAGUGUAAGCUGAUGAACCACAAUGCCUCAGAAGAUCCUGAAGAGCGCUCAUUACAUAGAACUGGGCAGCUAUCAGUACUGGCCGGUUCUUGUGCCCAGAGGGAUCCGACUCUACACGUACGAACAGAUCCCAGUGUUCCUGAAGGAGAACCCGUACAUCACAGAUGGGUACCGAGCACAUCUGCCUUCUCGCUUAUGUCUGAAAAGCAUCUUCAUUCUGUCCAAUGAGACCGUGAACAUCUGGAGCCAUCUGCUGGGCUUCGUGUUGUUCUUCUUGUUGGGUGUGAACGACAUGUCCACGGUGUUACCGGCUGCAGGAGCCUCCAGAGAGGAUUACGUCAUCUACUCCAUAGGGCUGUUUUGCUUUCAGGUGUGUAUGCUGUGCUCGGUGGGUUAUCACUCUUUCUGCUGCCAUCGCUCGGAGAAGACGAGCCGCCGCUGGCUGGCCCUGGACUAUGCUGGGAUCUCGGUGGGAAUUCUGGGAUGCUAUGUCCCGGGAGUGUUCUACGCCUUCUACUGCAAUGCUUUCUGGAGGCAGGUGUACCUGAUCACGGUUCUGGCUCUGAUCCUGGCCGUGUUCUCGGCUCAGAUCCACCCACUGUACCACACUCAGGAGUGGAAGACGCUGCGCUCGGCCAUCUUCUGCUCCGUGGCGGCGUACGGCAUCAUCCCCGCCUGCCACUGGGUUUGGCUCAACGGAGGCUUUCAUUCUGAGAUCGUCCAGGUGUUUUUUCCACGAGUCAUGGUCAUGUAUCUGAUCGCUGCCUCGGCCUUCCUCUUCUACAUCAGUAAAGUCCCCGAGCGCUACUUCCCAGGGCAGCUGAACUACCUCGGUGCCAGUCACCAGCUGUGGCACGUUCUGGUGGUGCUGAUGUUCUACUGGUGGCACCAGACAGCCGUCUAUAUCACACACUACAGGCACAGCCAGCCGUGUCCGAGGUACAAAUAAGUUCCUCUCUCGCUGACCUGCGCUACUCUUCUGCUGGUUCUUUUCUGACACCAGGAUGCUAAGCGACGUCUCUAACUCAUCACUAACGCGCUAGAACCUGGAGAAGGAUCUGAAUCUUUGGGCCUGUUUUCUCAUUACUUUUUGCACCGGAGCUACAAGUCUAAUGUCGCUAACAAAAAAAAAAAAGUUUAGCACUCAGCACUUAAUGGGCAGACUGGCAGGGGGUGUGGCCUAAAGAUUAAAGGUGAAGUUUUAGGGGAGGUUUUAAUCAUUUGAGGCUUCUUUUUUUACGCUAAACCGGUGGCUUUGUGUUAGGUGUUAGCUUCAUUAGACUCGCAGCUCUGGUGCAAAACUACAGAAAUAAUAUGGAAUUAAACGUCUUGGUGGAUCAGUGCCAUUUUGGAUCAUGGGAAACGUAAAUAUUGUUUCUAAAAGAUUCAGAAACCUACUGAAAGGUGAGAGGUUUUGUUGGAUCUGUUUUCAAGCAUUAAGAACUUGAUUGUUAAGAAGCCUGUGUGUGUGCGUGCCUUGUAAGUGUGUGUCUUGUAUGUGUGUGUUUGGGGGACCUUCAACCUUUUUUUUUUGUUUGUUUGUUUAAGCAUAUUCAAAUUUCAUCCAUCGUACUCCUCCAUUAAGCAGCAUGUCGCUAAUCUAAAAAUUUAAAAUAAAUUCGAGUUGAUGUUUAAUCCACGCCUAGCACACAAUCCGGGAACUGAAUUUCAGCAGUGUCGUGUGCUAUUAAAGGUGCCAUCGGUGACUUUUAAGCUGUGAACUAAUUGACACAGUUCAUAUCUGUGACACUGCAUGAUGAGGACCGACAACGUUCUCCACCAAUCAGAACAGAGGCCUCUUUCUACUGCGAUAAUUAGGACUGAAAUUUUUAUCCAUUUAUAGGUACAUUUAAUGCUGUGAAACGUUCCCAAAAAAACAAAAACAUGUUACUCAGGAAAUGUCCUGAGAGAAUUCCAGCUUCACCUCUGACUGUUCCAAAGCACUGACACUGGAGACUCCUUCCAUAAACGUUACAUUAUCUAUUCUAAGGAAAUUUAGGAAUCCUUAUUCUAUCCUUAUCCUUAUUCUAAGGAUACUAUGGAAAAAAAAUCGCCAUACAGAUUCCUGUGGAGGAGCCGUUACUAUAGAAACGAUAUGUUACAAGAAUAGAAACGUAUGAUUUGUAGAAAAUGAGUCUUCUGACCAAUCGGAAUGUGAUGUGAGAUGUUUAGUUUUCCUUUUAUUAAGAGUACCUCAUUCUCCCAGAUUCGCCUCAGAACAUACCACAUGGUCCUUUGCUGUGAAUUUAUCAAAAAGGUCAAAAACUUUCUUUUUCUUUUUUUUUUUUUUUUUGCAUGAAUGUGAGUUUGUUUCCUGAAAGCUUUUCCUCACAGAGCACUGAGUCUGCGUCCGGCUGCUGUACACUCAUGUUCCCUCAUCACUUUGCCGGACAUUCAGAUCUUCACCUGGUGCUGAGUGAUAUCCGAGGGAGUUAUGGUUAUAAAUAAUGUCUCCGGAUCGUAUGGUACUGUAUCUGCUGUAUAUUCAUGGGUUUUUAUGUUCCUUGGGAUCCAUGGUUACUCUUUUAGGGAGAACAGGAACGGUGUGCACUCAAACAAAUCCUUUUAAUCAGUCCUUGAUUUACCCUUAGAAUGUGAUUCUGGGCAUUUAGCAUGAUGUACACUUAUAUUGUCAAAAGUUUUGGGACACCCCUCCAAGUCAUUGAAUUCAGGGGUUGGGCUUGGCCCCUUAGGUCCAGUGAAAGGAACUCUUAAUGCUUCAGCUUCAUACCAAGACAUUUUGGACAAUUUCAUUGGUCAGACUUUGGUCAAUUUGGGGAUGGCCCCUUCCUGUUCCAGCAUGACUGUGCACCAGUGCACAAAGCAAGGUCCAUAAAGACAUGGAUGAGCAAGUUUGGUGUGGAGGAACUUGAGUCCUGACCUCAACCCUAUAGAACACCUUUGGGAUGAAUUAGAGCGAAGUCCCCUGAAAAACAACAGCUGAACUCAAUGAUUUGGAGGGGUGUCCCAAAACUUUUGCCAAUAUAGUGUGUUUGAGCUGUGUUAACUUCACUGCUGCCUUUUCUGUUUGUUUUGUUUUUUAUAUAUCUUUUUUUCAGGCCUUACUUUCUCUUGUAUGAUUUUUAUGAUUUUGAAAUGAAACUAAAAUAUCUGAAACUGAAUUAAAAAAAACUUUCUGUA